AGGGUUUUAUUCCGCUUCAAUGCAAAACCAUCACUCAGUAGCAACGGCGGCGUCUCCCACCGCGCAGCGCUGAAACCCUAAUCGUCUCUUGGCCAUGCCUUCGAAACCCUAAUCCCCCAAACUCGCUGCUAUCCAUCAUCUCUUCUCCCAUGGCGGCCGACAUAGCGUUAGAACCCGAACCCCUGAAUCCGUGCUGCGCGGAGAUCAAGAAACGGUAUCAGAAGCUGGAAGAGAAGAGGAAUGCUCUCCGGCAGGCCGUGAAGCUCCUCGAGAACGAAACGAAUAAGCUCCUGAACGAGAAUCAGAAUCUCAAGAAGGCUUAUGAAGAGGAGCGGGCACGGGACAGGGCGAGAGAAAGAAGCAAAAGAAAAGGAGUCCACUAUUAGAAAUCAGUUGGAGAAAGAAAUGCAUGACUUGAAGGCUGAGAUGUCCUCCUGUCAGAAAAGUGGAAGUUCGAGAAGUGAGGCUGAUGAUGAAAGUGGCCUGAUUCGCAUUUUGGAGGCAGAGGGAGAAGUAGGAAGGCUCAAGGAACUUUUAGAUGAAGAGAAAAAGCGAAGCAAUUCUGAGAAGAAGAAUGCUGAGGUGGAGAAGAAAAAAGCUGCUGAAGCAUGGAAAUUUGUGGAAGUGGAGAAAAGCAAGGUAGAAGAAGUAAAGAAACAUGUAGAGAUUGCAAGGAACAAAGCUGAUGAAUACAGGCUUUGCCUUGAAAAACUAAAGAUGGAAGCUAAUGAAGCAAGAGAGAAGUUGAUUGCGGAGAUCUCCAAAGCAGAUGAUGCAAAUAAAAAGGUUGAAGCCGAGAAGCAGAAGAUAAACAGAGAAAGGGAACGUGCUGAUAUGGAGAGGACAAAAGCAGAAGAACAGAGAAGGCUCAUGGAAGUAGAAAGGAAAAAGGCAAUGGGUGAAAAAUACAGGGCAGAUAAUUUGUCCCAGAGGCUGGAGAAGGAGAAGCAAAGGAGUGAAGAAUUACAGAGGAAAGUCGAGGAGAUUUUAUCUACCGGAAGAGAUGUAAGGGGUUGUUCAUGUUUUGGAGAUAAAAGAUCUAAUGGCGGAACAAACAUCAAAACUGCAGAUGUCAAGCUUCUAAGAGAGCAACUCAAGCUAAAAAAGAAGCAAGUAAAGCAUGCUAAAAGAAUGAAUAAACUAGAGAAAGCAGAAAAUAGGUUUAUAAGGAAAGAGCUUUCUCUCUUAAAACAGGAUUUCAUGCAAAUGUCUUGCCGCUUUAAUGUCCUUUACGACUUCCUAUCAUGCAGCAUGGAAGGUACAGAUAGCCUGGCAAAGAACGGCGAAUCUCCAGAGCUAUGGGGCUGCAACUUGCAGAACAACCUUUUGGGUCCCCAACCAUGCAAUUUUAACUCGCAAAGUGAUUUUAGCUUGCCAGAGAUAUGCUAUACAAAUUCACUUAAUCACCCUUGUUCUGCCAGGGAAUGCCCUCGCCUACAGUUAUCUAGAGGAAGCUGUACCCGGCCAACCUCAGGUAUUAGUUCUGAAUUGGAGCCUCCAGUUGGAGGUUCUGUCAGAAUCAAGUCACAAAGUUCUGCCGUAUGUUCCACUGCAACAUCUUUUUCUGAUAGCAAGUUCAUGGGCUCACAGGGAAAGGAUGCAUUAUUUGCCACUGCAUCAACCGAAGUAGCAGAGAAGAGCUCCAAUCAGAGAUCAUCCAUUCUGAGACUGUCUGGUGGAGUGGCUAAAACUAGGCAAACAGAAAAUAUUGGGGUGGUGACAGAGAAUAACAAUAGAACGUCUGUCCAAAGAAAUGUAAUAAAUGCAUGCCUGAAUUCAUCUGCAGUAAGUGUAGUGGAUCAGGCGUCUAAUAGUCGCAGAAAAAAAAGAAGGAUCCAAGAUGCUCUAGAAUCUGUUGCAUGGUUAUAUUCUGAGGAUGGUCAGUUGCAUUUGAAGAUAGGAGAGAAACUAUCUGAGUUAAAAUAUCUUUUGAACAGAAAAGGUAAUAUCCCUUCAGGCGUGGAAAAUUCUGGGAUCUCAGAGUACUUGGAUGACAGAAAGGGGUUUUGUGCCAAAAAUCAUAAUGAUCGCAGUAAAAAAUCCUGCAAACACAGGAGUAACAAAAUGCUACGUAAGCAGCAGAAGAAUGAUGUACUAUACUUGAAUCAAAAUGACGUUCAGAAGCAAGCAGAAAAGUAUGAAACAGAAGACAGUAGGGUUCCAUGCGCCCUCCGUGAAAUGGCAAAACCUUUUCAGAUGAAAGAGAAUGCUGUAUGCAGGGAAGAGCCAUCUAAUGCUGUUUGCAGUAAGCAGGCUGAUUUAAUUUCUUUUGAGAAGAUGAUAUGUGGGGAUUAUAUGAAGCUACUUGAUCUGGAUAGCGAUACUGAUGAAAGAAGGUAUAGAGCUGCAAUAGAGAUGCCUCUUUCACCCACUUUGCCUGAAAUUGAGUCUGCUAGCCUCAAACUAUGUGUACAGGAUGACUCUCAUUUUCUGAUAGAGGGAACUUUGAAGAGUUUUGAGACUGAAAGAAGUAAUUCCUUGCCAUUCCAUACCUUUGAUGUCAUCGAGUUGGAGAUUAGUUCCAACACUGUGAAACAGAAAGCCCCCUCAUUUGCAGGAACGUCAUUGAAUGAUAAUCCAGUCUUAAGUCAUUCAUCUGAAGAAGUAAGAAUUCAUGGUACAAUUGUAACAGAUGGUGAUUUCAAGCACCAUGAUAUGCUGUGUAAUAUUGAACAUAAUCCUUCCUUCCUUGAAAAUGAUAGUAACAUGGAUGUUGAACCAACAUAUAAUGGCAGUAAAUCUGGCGACUCAGUGCAGAAGGCUAGUGAUGCGCUGCCUAUCAUGGGGCUAAAGGACCAUUGGGAGUUCAAGCACCUUGUUCAUGGCCAACUAGGUCCUAAUACCAUUUCUGAUUCAAAGGUAUCUGAGGAAGCAGUGUCAGGAGGGUCUGACAAAUCAUUGCUCUCAGGAAGCACAAGCUGUAGCUUUCCAAAAUUCACAUUGCAUUCCGAGCAAUUAUGUGAGAAUUGUUAUAUGCAUAAUUCUAUUCCAAAGAUACAUAAUUUAUCAAGGGAACUAGUGAAUGUACCAAAUGGAACCCAUGGAUUGACUCAUGCCACAGUUACAACUUCCACAGAAAUUCAUAUUGAAGGCAAAGGAGAAAAACAUGAUGGUGCAAUUGUUUCUCAAAGUGGUGAAAUGCUUGAUAAAAGUUUUGAAGCUGAGAAAUCUGAGCAACAUGGUAAUUUACUGGUCUCAGAAUGUGCUACAAAGACGGAAGCUUCUGAAUCAAUGCCUAUGUCCACCAUCAGGAAGAUCCGUGAUCUAUGUGCAGAGAGUGAUGGACUUGAACUGGAGAAAAUUCCCAAGUAUUUUGUUGUGUUCUCAAAUAUGGAUGAUUGCAGCAAAACAAGGAUAUCACAAUAUAGCAAGACCGUUAUAUCUCAAGGCUGCAUGGACACCCAAGUGCUUCGUGCUAUAGCUAUGGAUCCUGAACUUUUACCUAAAGAGAAGGCUGCUGUUUUCUUUUCAUUAUUAUUGUGCAAUAUUUCUGGUACACUGUCGGCAAAUUCAAGAUGCACCAGGAGUGGAGAAUUUCUACUACCUUCUGGUUCUUUUGCAGAAGAGAUUAAUAAAGUGUUAUCAAAUGGGGAGGCAAGAUGGUUAAUUCUAGAAAUAUGCCAACUGAACAUUCUUGUUGAGCUAAUUGAGGAUUUUCUCAUUAAUAGAAAAGUUCUGUUGUACACUGACAGGCUGCUCGAGCCUUUGUCGGCAUGUUUCUCAUCACAGGAAUUUCAUCAGUUAAAUGGGAGCGGUCUUUGUGUGUCUACUAGAGAUGCAACAGUUGAUCAAAUUAUUGCUGGUUGUGUCAUAUUUGCAUCUAUUUCUGCUGCAGUAGGUUGCAUUGGCAUUGUUCUGGAGUUGUCUUACAGAAUUCUUCGAACGUGUAGAAAUGAUAUUUCCUGGAUUCUAUUGGCGCUGCAUGUUUUUGCUUUUGUAUGUGGCGAGAAAUUUUUUAAUCUGGACGACUGUCAGUUUCUUCUAAAUGCUAUUAGAUUGGUGGUUUCACUAGUUGAGCAUGGGAAUGAAUCUGCACAUUCUGCUUCUUGUCUCCAUUCAACACAACAUAUGCUUAUCUUUCCUCCCUGCGAGCAAUGCCCAUUUGCUACGGAUGAAUUUUGUAUGGAUAAUUUUGCUUGUUCGCUUUUGGAUGAGCUACAAUUUUAUGCCUUGGCUGGUAAUAUCAAUCAUCUGGAUGGAAAAAAAUCAACUGCUUCAAUCGGCACAUUCCAGUCAUGCUCUGAGAGAAAUGAUGGAGGGACAGUCAGUAAAACUAAAGUCAGUGGACUGAAAACUGAGUGCGUUGGAUCUUGCAGUAUAUACAAGUUUGGAAAGCUCGCUGCUGAUCGGUCUGAUUGUUUUCCUGAGAGCUCUUUUUGCUACUUUACAGAUAUAAUUUCUUUGGUGGAGCUGAUUGGGUGCUACAUGAGAUGGGACUGGACAUACGACAAAAUCGUGUCUCAUAUUGUAAAUAUGCUGGAGUUCUGCAAGUCUGAGGAGUUUUUAGCUGCUCUUUUUGUAUUAGUAGGUCAGCUGGGAAGAUUUGGCAUCGAUGAUGGUGGCUAUCUCCAGAUUGGAGUUGCAGAGCUGAGAUGUAGUUUGUCCAGGAUUCUAGAUGCAAGCCUUACCCAAAAAAGGAGUAUCCCCACUCAAUUUUCAGCUGUUGGUGCUUUGCUAAAUCUUCUUCCAUUCAAUUUUGAAGAAAUUGUUGAUGGACACCCAGAACUUUCACAAGAUGCUACUGAAUAUGGUUAUGUCACGCAAGUAAAGAAGUGGUUUUCUCAUCUAAGCAUGGAACAACAGGCAAUUUCAUUUGAACUCUUUAGAUAAGCUAAUGAGCAGGGAAGAUGAUUUUUUUUUCCAUAUUGAUUAUGCAAACAAUUGGUCACGUCAUGCCAGUCUCUGUCUCCAAUGCAUGAUCCUUAAUUUGGAGCAGCAUUCCUUCUUGCCCUUCGACACGCUGAAGAUUAUUGGUUGAACUUAUUGUAGUCUAAAUCUCUGCUUUCAUUGAGAUCAUACUUGCUACGUCAUUCCGAUGGGAUCUCAGUUGAUUAAUUGGUAUAAAUGAAAGUUCUACUGAUUUUGGUUCAAGGGGCACCCAACUACAGGAUUGAUCAAGUUCUUAUGGCAUGGGUGUGGGGGCCUGGUGAAAAUUGUGCUUAUUUGGAUACGAUUUUGGUAAAGGAAUUUUCUUUCAGUGCCAUACAAAACAUUUCUAAGGCCAAUUCUCUUGGAGUGCAUUUUACCUCCACUGCUCUCCUCUAGACUCAACGCACUGACAAGUCUUGCAGAAGCUAAACAUUCUUGAAGUGCAAAUAAAUUUUGCUACAUCAAAUCAUUAUACCGCAUGAGAGGUGAAGAUGUCAUUUUGAACUCAUUAGUUUGACUUUGACAGGAGUGAAUCUGGAGAGAGAUGUAUUCUGGAUUACUCUGAAUGCCGUUCUCGGUUUUGCAUUAAUAUGAAUGGCAAAAUCUGCAGUGUUAUUUGGCUGUCGUAUCUUGUUGCAUUAAUUGUAAUCAAGCCACCAGCAAUUCUGUCGAAUCUUUUCUUCUGUAAAGAUCUUUAUUCUUCAGAACCAGAUGACUUGCAUGGUCAAUAGUCUUGCGUUGGUUUUUGCAACUGUUUGUAUACUGGUAUACUUGUUGCAAUGUUCUGCUUGCGUUGCCAGUUUGCCGAAGUAACUUCAACACAAUUUCUCGUAGUGGUGUCGUGUAGCGCAUAAGGCCAUCUUUUUGUUUACCUCUUUGAUCCGUGGAAGAUGUAAUUGCUGCAGAGACUUGGAAUUUUAUUUCAAUUUUAUGUUCAAAGUUGGUAUUCUCGAAA